CUGUACCGGCCUGCUUCCUCCUGAAUUCGUCUUUCGCCAGUUUCGCAUCAUGUCGCUGCUAAAAUUGUCAUUGCUGACGAUGGCAGUGGUCAGUGUGGCUGCACUGAGGGGUGACAACGAAUCGACCCAAGUUGCUGCCAAUGCCUUAUUCACGGGAGGAGCCGAUAGGAAACCGCCGCCUAUUUCGAUGUGCGGUUUAAAGUUUUUACAUGCCAAGAUCGGCGUCAAUUCCUACACCAAGAAAACCACCAAUGAAGGAACCCUGUACGAGAUGAACAUUAAUUUAAUUGCGGACAAAUCCGGAUCGAGCGAAGCGGAAGCCAUUAAGGGUGCGCCUCUUAACGUACUGAAGAGGGCGAACGGUUGGCUAUACGUCAAGAAGAAUCCGUGCGAAGGACCUGGAUAACGCGGAAACGUGAAGGACAUCGACGACAUGUGUCAACGGCAGAUGACCUCUGAGCGCACUGGCACUUUUUGUGCAAGCUGUCAUUUUUGUGAACGUGACCAGUGUGCAGUUCAUGACUCUCUUAUCUUGUGUAAAACGCAGAAUAGAACGAUUUGUAAAUUAUUUCGACUUUUGCGAGUGGCUGCCAAACCGGACAUAUCGCGCGUAUAAGUUCGACAACUCAGAUCAAUGAUCAAUA